AUGAGAAAAAAUUACAUAGCUCUUGCUGUAAUUCUUGUGAUAUUUCUUGCUGGUUGCUCUUCGGCUUCAGCAUCGCCCGCCGCCAGAAUUUUAAGUGGGCUUGUCUCCGCCAUUGUCAAGCGGCUGUGGUCACUGAAACCCACCAGCAAAACUGCUGUUCAUAGUCGUUCUAUGGUGAAAUUUGAGAGUGGGUACACAGUUGAGACAGUGUUUGAUGGGAGUAAGCUCGGGAUUGAGCCUCACUCUGUUGGGAUCUCAAUGGAUGGGGAAAUUUUCAUAUUAGACUCAGAAAAUAGCAACAUUUACAAGAUCUCAUCUCCUCUGACUCGAUAUAGUAGAACUAAGUUACUUGCUGGAUCAGCCGAGGGCCACACUGGACAUGUAGAUGGGAAGCUAAGACAAGCUCGAAUGAACCAUCCCAAAGGACUUGCCGUUGACGAUAAUGGCAACAUAUAUAUUGCUGAUACUAUGAAUAUGGUCAUUAGGAAAAUUAGCGACGAUGGAGUUGUGACGAUUGCGGGUGGGAAAUCGGGUCGUGGAGGAGAGCACGUUGAUGGGCCAAGUGAAGAAGCUCGGUUUUCGGAUGAUUUCGACUUAGUGUACAUUGGAAGUAGUUGUUCUCUUUUGGUCAUAGACAGAGGUCAUCAAGCUAUUAGAGAGAUUCAACUACACGAACACGAUUGUUCUCAACACGAUGAUGAAAAUCUUCAUUUAGGCAUAGCAGUGCUCGUCGCAGCUUGUUUCUUCGGUUACAUGCUGGCUUUGCUACAAUGUAGGAUUUCAACCAUGCUUUCCUACGAUAAUGAACCGAGCCAAAGGCCGCCACCCAAAUCUGUCUACCCUCCCUUAAUACCACCCGAAAACGAAAACGAGAGGCAAGAGGAGGGCUUGUUCACUUCAUUGGGCCGUCUUUUUUCCAACACGGGCUCGUCAGUUGUCGAAAUUCUUGGCGGGCUAUUCUCCACUAGUCCUAAGAAAAAGCCCGUUUACCCUUCGGGCCCUUGGCCCGUACAGGAGAGCUUUGUGAUCCCACGCGAAGACGGCCCCCCACCAGCCGACACGUGGCACUUCCCCACCACUCGGAAAAGCAGUUACCCCAAGCAAAACCGAGCCUAUGGCCCACAACCACCACGCCACGUGGCGCAACUGCAGCAUCAUCAAAUGCACCGACCCACCAGCCCACAUACUAGCUACUAUGAGCCGCAAAGCGUGGAACCGAAUGAAAUCGUGUUCGGGGCCGUACAAGAACAAGAGGGACGACGAGAGGGAAUGGUAAUAAAGGCAGUCGAUGAUGAGGAGCCCGUUUAUAACGAUAAAAAUAGUAAUUAUUAUCCGAACAAUGUUAGGUCGAGGUAUAAUUACAUGAGUUACUCCUCAUCCUCCUAUGGUGGUUAUUAG